AUGGACCAUACUCUGCUUCUGGCAUUGUUUCUCUGCAGUGUCUUCUGUUUAGCGUCGAGGAGUAGUCAUGAUGGUUAUCCCCGUCCCUCUGAAUCUGGAGAACGGUUGUUGCAAUGGCUGUUAGAUCACGGUGGAAUAGCCCAUGCGACGGUGGUGGAAAUUGGUCCAGGCCAUCGCAAGUUGAUGACGAAUCGAGACUUGGCACAAGGAGUGGAUGUGUUGUAUGUUCCUUCGGAAUUGAGUCUUCAUCCUGCAUCUCCUCAUGUCGUGACCAAUAAAUUCAUUCGAGACGCUCAGAGCUGUUGUCCGCAGCAGGUCACCGAGGAAUGGAUCAUGCAGACCUUUCUCAUGCUGCAGGCUUCUUCUACUGCUAGUGCUACUACCGGUAGAGGAACAUCCCUGUUUGACCCCUACUUUGACUCUCUGCCAACACUGGAAGACUACCAACGACACUGUCACUGGUCGCAGCAGGAAAUCGAGGAACUACAGAUGCAACCCUAUGAACCUGGCAUGCCUCAGCCCCAACCAAACCGAAUUCCGGAACCAUCCGCCUGGUCUCCUGCGUUCUUGUGGGACAAUGACUAUGAAUGGAAUAAAUGGACAACCAUCACACAGCAAGUUCUCGACAAGUUCAAGUGGAAUAGUACACCUGCAGCUCAAGCCUUUCUCAAACAACGAUGGAAUAUACUACCCGCUACUAGUAACGAAACAGUAUUCUUUGACGACCGGCUGCGCUUUGCGUGGGCCAACCUGGUACUCAGUUCCAGGGAAUGGGUGGGACAUCAGCUAUGGCCGGUAUUGGACAUGGCCGAUUCCAAUCUGUUGGAGCAAGCUGCUUUUUCGGUGAACACCAAUCCACAAACAGGAGGUCGAGUCCAAACCUUUGUGGCACUAUCACAAGGCACUGAAGUCUUUACCGUUCCACAAUCCACCACCAAUCUAGCCUUUCUACAAAGAAGUUGUCAUGCAUUUCCCAACAAUCCCAGUGAAUUUGUCAUGUUGGACAUACAACUGCCAACUACUCUGGCAGAGAAUCCACACUGGAUUCCAUUACUGCAAUCCAUUGUCACCGAUACUCGACCGUACGAGCACCCACAUUCCAUGGAUCACAUGACACCUCGGAACGGACGAGUCACCAUUUACCAAUCACAAUCACAACAACAACCACACGAUAGUCAUCUACAGCAACAACCCACUACUCUACGAGCCACUAUUCGGCUCUUUCGUAAUAGCGUCACAGCUCUGUUGAGUGUGGCACGGGCGGUCGUGUGGCUGCAAGACGAUAAACAAAAGAAUACGCGUUUGCUCUGGCAGGCGUCCUCCUUGGGCCGACAACGAGCCGUCCAUCUCCAGAUGGAACGACAAGCACUGGAACUGGCCGAUCAAUGGUUGCGUCGUCGUCGACAACAAUUUCCAACGUCCUUGUCGUACGACCAAGAUCUACUGGCCAACAUGAUACACGAGGCCGAGCCAAAACAGCACAUGUCCCUCGAGAAAUUGCGAGUGGCGCUCAUCUUUCGCACGCAACAAAAGGACAUUAUCGAAGCCAAUUGGAAAUCGGUGCGGUCCAUGACACGAACGUUGUACAUGGAAUACAACGAUGACUACGGUCGUCGUACUCAGGAUGAAUUCUAG